ACCGAGUCCCGUGUAGAUAUGUCCAGAUGUUUACAUCCCAGGAGAGAUAACUCACGGUUAGCACAGAUUGUUAUUAUUCGUAGUUAGUUUCCUGGUUUAUUUCUGUUACAAAUCCGAAGGAUGGAGUUCGUAAUAGCCUUGCUAGUUAGUCUUUUCACAGUGUCAACCACAAGAGGUCAAGAUUCCGAUGGAGGAGAAAGUCAUUGUUUUAGUUUUCCCGGUGACACGUUCUUACAGUUUGACUUUAACAACUUCAACAACAGUAACGACAUCUACUUCAGCUUGAAGUUUAAGACCAGAGAGUCCAACUCUGUCCUCCUGUACUCUCGAGGCUCUGGUACUCACUACGACGAUGAGGCUGUAUUCAUACGCAACGGAAAAGUAGGCUAUCACCUGUUCAACACAUCACCGACGGGCGUGGAAGGCUAUUUCGGUGCAUUCUUCAUCGGUAACGAACUCGUCAACACAAAUGAAUGGGUUACGUUGCACGUGUACCGCAUGUACAGAGACGUCAACAGUAGGCAGCGCAGAGUGCACCCCAAGACUGGCUUUGCAGUGGAGAUCCAAGGGGUCCGACAUGAGUAUGUUGAUCACCUCGUCAGGACUGACAUUUCAUUGUCAAACUCGAUUUUUAUUGGUGGAUACAGCCAACCUUUGAGCUCUACCAUCAAAAGAUUUGUCGGCCAGAUCAGAGACAUCAGAGAACAUAGCAACGGUCUUGCCUUUGAGACACCGACUCUUAAUUUCAUGGCCAGUGUCCAGACAUUUUGCAGUGAAGAUUCAGAAGUUGAACCUAAUUAACCAUUUAGUUAGACUAAUUGAAUUUAAAAUAUGAAAUUUAGAGUACGCCACAGAGCCAUUCUAUUUCUAAUUUCAACACGGAAAAUUAUAUGAUUCUCUAUGCCUUAUAAACAAUUUACACUACGAGGAGGAACAAGUUAUCUCAAAGAUGUUUGAUGUAGAAUUAGUUUAAUAACAACUGAAUACUUAAAUUUAUAAUUUAAGCUGUACAAAAUCCAGAAGAUGAUAACAUAAAAGAAAAUCUAGUUUGAGAGCGUGCUGUGACUAUCUUCUAAUGGUUUAUUGUCCUAUUAAUCUCCACAUUUGGAAUCAUCUGUAAAUAUUACUUUUUAUCAAACCAUAAAAGUUUCUAUUCAUUUUAUCUUUUAUCGGUUUUUCAAAAGUACAAUAAAGUAAAUGCGGAUGUGUAAA